GGCAGCUUUGCCAACUGGAAGGCUUAACUUGCACUUGGGCCGGAUCUGGAGGAAUCCCUACGAGACGGCGUGUCUUUGGAAAACACCAUCCGCUGACAGCCACGCGCCAACGCGCGGGGCAAGUUACGCGAAGCGUGUCAUGGCUACGUGUAGUUCUGAGGAGUUCCCGGAGAUGUACCAACAGCUCAUGGAAUUUAUGGAGAGCAAGAUGGAGGAAAUCUUGGCGAAGCAUCAUGAGCAGAUGCACGACAGUCUCUUGAAAUCCCUGCGUUCUGCGCAGCUGGGAUCGGGCGCCGUUGCUUGCGAACGCCCUCACGAUCGCGGAGCCUCAAAAGGAGCUGUGAAGAACAAACAGGCGUCGAGUACUAAGUCUGCCAGGACUUUGGACGUGCCGAUGCCGAUGCCCAAGCGCAACUCCAUCAUCCGGAAUGAGGACAUGCCCUCUAGCCUGCACGCGCCGGAGCCGAAGAACCGCAGCGUGCCAAGUCUGGUGGAGAUGGAGAGUACCAUUCUGCAGGGCAUCAGCGGCGUGCGCUUGACCCCGACGACCUCCGAGCGGACCAACACGCAGCCCUCGCAGAGAGCCGCCACCGCCUUGGAGCUGGAGGACUUGCGCCCAGGGCCUGUGGCGCCAGCUGCGCCUUCCGAGUCCCUCCUGGACCUGAUGCCCGGCGGAAUUCCCAACUUCGUCACGGUGCACGAGGUGGCCGAGAUCUCCAACUCCCGGGCCUCGCCGCGGAACUUGUUCGGCUCCCCGCGGCCCUCCAACGAGAUUGUGCUUCCAAACACCGCCAGCAUGGGGAACCUCAUGAAGGACUCGCAGUCCGCGAUCCUGGACUCGUUCUGUGAUUGGACGAAGGACGCGGAUCUGGACGUGGGCAGUCGCUUUAUGCUGGCGAUCCCGCCGGGCAUGUCAGUGUGCCUGGGAGUUGUGUCGUUGCUGGAGGGCGCCGGUCUUUGCGCGCUCUAUGCCUUCGGCAUCGUGAAGAGCAAUAGCUACAGCAUCACCUCGGUGACCUGUGUGCUCUAUGGGCUUCUGGCCGCCUGUUGUAUGCAGCUGCUGCGGAAGGCUUUGCGGUCCAAAGAUCUGAACCUGGCCAUCGACCGGCUGCACCUCUUCGUGGUGGACUUCCAGCUCCACUGGAGCCAGGUCUCCGGCCAAGAGUGGCGUAAGUACCUGGUCGCUUGGUCGCUGCUGGUACUUUGCCAAGCAGGAACCCAGGGCUAUCGGAUCUGGUCCUCGCUGCAGCAAGGCCCGUUGGAUCCUGCAGAGAAAGAGCACCGCAUCUACGCCCACGUUCUGACGCUGGUGUGCCUGGUGAGCUUCGCAGUCUCCAGCGGCAUUGUGAUGCUCACCGCCUACGUGCAGUCCCACCUCCUCCUGGGUCUGGACAAAACCCUGGAUUGCUGGUGCUGCCAUAUGAUGCGGUCCCCACAGUUCGAGUUUGGAGUUCAGAGCUGGAACUCGAUGCAGGCCUUGCUGAAGUGCGUGGGCCGCGAACUCGCCGGGAGCUUCCUGAUGGUGCAGGCUUCCUGCUCUCUGGGCUUCAUCUACGUGCUGGCCAACGGCGUGGCCUAUGGGCUGAGGGAGGAGGUUGAGCCAAACCAGAUGGUGAUGGAGGCGCUGAGUGCUCUGCCUUUGGUCUUCCUCUUCGGCCUGGGCAUGCGCCUCUUCUCCCACGGCGCGGCCUUGUCGGAGAAGUGCCGGAUCAUCCCGGCCUUUGUGAACCAGAUCCCCGGGGAGGAGAGCAUCGACGUGGACAAGCAAUACCUUGUGAGCUUCAUCACCCAUAGCUCUGCGGGCUUCUUCGUGCGCGAUGUGAAGCUCACCCAAGAAAUGUUUAUCAAACAAUUUAUCCUCGUUGGUGGACUGCUAUCAGGCUUGUUCGGAGCGUUGUCGCGCAUCUACCUUUGAGGAGCAGAAGUAUCCUCCGGCGGCCGAAAAUCUUUAGGUGGAUUUUGUGUUCGGCUUGGUUCCCAACCCUUGGCAUCGCAAGCUUCGUGUUCGCAACGAACGAACCGAAGCAAGCAGCUCAGCAACUGAAAGAUGCCAAGCGGCGAUUUGGAGCUGGUUCUUGACCCUUCUUCCUCUGCGUUUUUUCCUCUCAGCUAAAACCGAGCGAUCCUCCGCAUCGAGGCGAUUCUCCCAAGCCCCGGCCGCCGAGGCUUUUAACUUAACGGCACGGGGCUCAGAGAGUUCGGAGCGCCCGAACAGUCCUUUGGACAGUCGUCAAGGUCCCCAGUCACAUGG